AUGAAUAACAUAACCACGGACGAGAUGACGCGGCUGCCGGAAACGAUCAACUUUCCGGCAGAGGAGGAGAAGGUUCUUGCCUACUGGCAAACAGAAAAAGUGUUCGAAACCUGCCUGAAACAGUCCAAAGGCAAACCGAGGUACACAUUCUACGAUGGACCUCCGUUUGCAACUGGUCUCCCGCAUUAUGGACACAUUUUGGCUGGCACGGUGAAGGACAUAGUGACUCGUUAUGCGCAUCAGCAGGGUUACCACGUGGAACGUCGAUUCGGAUGGGAUUGCCAUGGGCUCCCGGUGGAGUACGAGAUCGACAAAACGCUCAACAUCCGCGGUCCGGACGACGUGGCAAAGAUGGGCAUUAAAGCGUACAACAACGAAUGUCGGAAGAUCGUUAUGCGAUAUGCGAACGAAUGGGAGCAGAUAGUGGGCCGAAUGGGGCGGUGGAUUGACUUCAAGAAUGACUACAAAACACUCUACCCUUGGUACAUGGAGUCCAUCUGGUGGGUGUUUAAACAGCUGUAUGCGAAAGGUUUCGUGUACCAAGGCGUGAAAGUAAUGCCGUACUCGACGGCGUGCACGACGGCAUUGUCGAACUUUGAAUCAGGCCAAAACUACAAGGAGGUGACGGAUCCGGCCGUUUUCGUUUCGUUCCCGCUCGUUGGUGACAAGGACGGAGCUGCGUUGGUCGGCUGGACAACCACCCCAUGGACGUUGCCUUCCAAUCUGGCUUGCUGCGUGCACCCAGAACUUGUGUACGCUCGUGUCCAAGAGAAGAAAACGGGCAAGGUAUACGUCAUGAUGGAGUGCCGCAUCGAGGCACUGCUUAAGGGCCCAGACAAUUACACUAUUCUUGAUCGUUUCCCUGGCUCCCAGCUGGCCGGAAUGCGCUACGAACCGUUGUUCGGAUACUUUAAGAAAUACGAUAGUGUGGCCUUCCGUGUGCUAACGGAUACGUAUGUAACCGAAGAUUCCGGUACAGGAGUGGUCCAUCAGGCGCCUUACUUUGGUGAGGACGAUUAUCGCGUGUGUUUGGCGAACGGAGUGAUCAAGCGCGAUCAGGAGAUUGUUUGUCCUGUUGAUUCGAGCGGAAAAUUUGUUGAGCCCGUGAGUGAUUUCGCCGGCCAGUAUGUAAAGGAUGCGGAUAAGAACAUAAUUAAGUUGCUGAAGGAGCGUGGCCGACUAGUACUAGCGUCGCAGGUUAAGCACAACUACCCAUUCUGCUGGCGGUCGGACACUCCGCUCAUCUACAAAGCCGUCCCAUCGUGGUUCGUACGUGUGGAGCACAUGAACAAACAGCUGUUAAACUGCAGCUCCCAAACCUAUUGGGUGCCGGAAUACGUGAAAGAGAAGCGGUUCGGUAACUGGCUGCGAGACGCUCGCGAUUGGGCCAUCAGCCGUAAUCGCUACUGGGGCACCCCGAUCCCUCUAUGGAUCUCGCCAGAUGGGAAAGAGAUCGUAUGCAUCGGCAGCAUCGAUGAGCUGGAGCGCUACUCGGGCGUGCGAGUGUCCGAUCUGCAUCGUGAGAGCAUCGAUCAUAUCGAAAUACCGUCGGCCGUACCUGGGAAUCCACCGUUGCGGCGUGUUCCUGAAGUAUUCGAUUGCUGGUUCGAGUCCGGAUCCAUGCCGUUCGCCCAGAGCCAUUAUCCGUUCGAGAAUCCGUCCGAGUUCAUGAACAACUUCCCAGCUGAUUUCAUUGCGGAGGGAAUCGAUCAGACGCGAGGCUGGUUCUACACGUUGCUUGUCAUAUCGACCGCGCUGUUCAACAAGGCUCCGUUCAAGAACUUGAACGUUACCGGGCUGGUGCUGGCGGCCGACGGACAAAAAAUGUCUAAGCGAAAGAAGAAUUAUCCCGACCCCAUGGAGGUGGUGAACAAGUACGGAGCAGACGCACUGCGUCUCUAUCUCAUCAACUCACCUGUGGUACGCGCGGAAAACCUGCGUUUUAAGGAGGAAGGUGUUAGGGACAUCAUCAAGGACGUAUUUCUGCCGUGGUUCAAUGCGUUCCGCUUCCUGUUCCAAAACGUCGACCGGUUCGAGAAAGAAGAGGGCGUCCGGUACCGGUAUGACUCGGUACGGCACGCAGAGAAACGCUCUGCUAACGUGAUGGAUGUGUGGAUCAUCUCUUUCAAGGAAUCGUUGCUUAAGUUCGUGACGGAGGAGAUGAAGGCAUACCGUCUGUACACAGUUGUGCCGCGACUGACAAAGUUCAUCGAUCAGCUUACGAACUGGUAUGUUCGUAUGAAUCGUAAGCGCAUAAAGGGCGAGUACGGUGUUGAGGAUUGCUACCACGCACUUGAUACGCUCUACGACGUGCUACUAGCGAUGGUGAAAAUGAUGGCCCCCUUCACGCCAUAUCUGACCGAGUUCAUGUAUCAACGGUUGCGACUGUUAUCGAGCGAACCCAUGGACGGUAGCGUACAUUACCAGAUGAUGCCGGCAUCGAACGGUCGCUACAUCAACGUGCCAAUUGAGCGGGCGGUCGCACGGAUGCAGGCGGUAGUGGAACUGGGUCGUGUAAUGCGCGAUCGCCGUACGAUGCCGAUCAAGUAUCCGUUGACGGAAGUGAUCGUGGUGCAUCAGAGCGAGCAAUAUCUGGCCGACGUACGCUCACUAGAGGCUUUCAUUUUAGACGAGUUGAACGUGCGCCGCAUCACGCUCAGUUCCGACCGGCAGCGAUACGGCGUAACGAUGCGAGCCGAAGCUGACCACAAGACGCUCGGAGUGCGAUUGAAGAACGAUUUCAAGCAGGUGCUGGGUGCUAUAAAGCAGCUGUCGGACGGAGAUAUUGCACGGCAGCUUGCCCAGGGUCACUUUGAGAUCGCUGGCCAUCGAGUGGAACUGGAGGAGAUCCGAUUGAUCUAUCAGUUCACCGGUGGCAAUGCGUCGUUCGAGGCGCACAGCGACAACGACGUGCUUGUGCUGCUCGACAUGACCCCCAACGAGGAGCUGAUGCGCGAGGGCACGGCCCGUGAGAUCAUUAACCGCAUUCAGAAGCUAAAGAAAAAGGCCAAGCUCAUCCCGACCGAUCCCGUGCUUAUUUUUUACACCGUAAGUGGCGGCGACAGCGAAGUGCGCGGCGUAGCCGAAAGCCAUCGCAGCUUCAUCGUGGGCACGGUCAAGUCUCCGUUUGUACCGUACGGUCCAGAAGCAGCCGCAAAGCCCGUUCUCAUCGAGGAAGCACAGGAGCUGAAAGGCACCACGCUGACCAUUACGAUCUGUUCGCCUGAGGAUCGUGAGGUGCCUUCGACGCCGUGGGUGAACCUGCAUCUUGACGAGGCCCUUGUUCCUCGCUACCAAUCGGUACCACCGUCGCGUAAGGCUUCCUUGCUGCUCGUGGGCUGCCGGACAGGCCAGGCAUUGACGUUUGAGCAGCUGAACCGGGAGGUAGAGGCCCUGUUUGGUCUUAAGGAUGUACAGUUCAACGUGCUCGUCGGAUCUGAUGGACGACGACUCACGGUUGAAGGGUUCGAUUCAAAGGUACUCCAUCAGCAGACCCUAUACGUGACGCAGGGUGAAUCCCUACCGAAAGAGGGUUGGAAACCCUCGAGUAUGCCGUACGUUGCUUUUCGAAACGUACAAUGCAACGACGGACGUAAAACCACCUUUUUCGAAGAGAAUCCGGUUGGCGUGAAGCGGCCAGUUCCAGCGGCACUAUAAAUUCGUCAUCUCUUUGCUUCGCUUAGCUGCAAUUUAAUUACCGCGAAAAUUUGCCAACACGAAAAUAAUUGUGUUUUUUGUUUAUCGCGCACCU